GUCACUAAAAUUCCUUCAUUCCUUUAUUGACCCACGAUAAUUUUAUUCCCGGAUUCAAAAACAGAUGUCGGAAGUCAAAUAAUAACGCUCAGCCAGAGUAAUUCCUCCUGUUUUCCUUUGAAUUUUUAUCGAAUCCAUAUAGCAGGGUUGGAUCUCUACGCCUUCGAUGACAGACAAAUAAAUUUGAUGUAUUAUGGGGGUUAUCUCGUUUUACAGAGGCAACCUGCACAAGGUUCCUGACACUCCCAGGCGAUGGCCCAUCCCAAAACCUUCCAUUUCGCUUCACGACUUCAAAAUACUUUUGGAGAAGCGUAGCAGAGCCCUUGAACGCUUGCAACUAAAUGCUCACGAGGAUGACGACGAAGAAGCCGAGGGUAUGGGAGACAAUGACUGCACAAAAGAAGAAGACCCUUCACUUCUUCAAGAAAAUAAGCGCAAAAGAGAAACUGCCGAAUUAGAGGAUCAUUCUGAGAGGGCUACAAAGUGCUCUAAAUUUAACGAAGCGGAGGAGGAGAAAGGGCAUGCCGAUUUUCCAAUGGAAUGCGAGCCCCAAAUUGUGUCUAAAGAUGGGAGGGACGAUGCGCCUGAAUUACAUCCAAACUUCUCUGACUCUGCCAAAUCAAAAAAAUCCAAUGCAGAAGAAAUGGAUGUGGACUCCCACAAGCAGGAGCCCUCAGGGCCUGUGUCGGAGGACAAGACUAUAAAGGAUGCUAAGCCUGCCCAAGAGGCACAUAAGAACCCAGAGGAGAUUGCCAACAAAUUGAAGAGGAAACAUGAGUUGGAGUCGAAGUUGAAGGAUUUGACAGAAGAGAAACAUCAUCUUGUUCAGAUGCUCAAGCAUAUUCUGAGUACCGAAGAAGAAAUGAAGAAACGAAGUCAGGUGGCACUACAGACAUCUGCGAUGAACAUGUCCCUUCCUUCUCAGGGAGAAGCUACAGUUGAUGUUGGCUCCCACACAAAGCAGGCUGGCCGUAGAGUACGCACAGAACUGAACUGUUAUGGUGAUCUUGAAGAAGGAGAGCUGGAGGAUGUUUGCACCCCAAGUCCACAUUCACACAACUUACAUGUUAAUGGUCCCACAGGCCCUUUAGGUUCUGUAUCUGGGCGUCAGCCAAAUAGCUUGCAGCAACCAAGCCCGUCAUCCCAACAGUUGAAGACCAGCUUAUCUGCUUCUUGUCAUUCUCAACAUAAUACAACUUCAUCAGGCCUCAUGCCCAGCCCGUCGCUGCUAGGAGCACAUGGAUCACAUACACAAAAUGUACAUAUCCCAUCAGUAUCAGUUUCUGCAGCUCAGAUUGGAGUCUCUUCACCAUCUCCAGCAACAUCAAGUGGCACAUCUAUCUUUCGGGAUACACGCCGGACAAGCCCAUCAUGGAAUCAGAGAUAAUUACAAUUAAUAGGUUCUAACAUUGGGAAGCAGAUGUUACAAGCUUUAUAACUACAUGAAAUCUGGCUACAUAUAUGAUGCAGAGUGUAACCUGAUUUGACAUUUCUUCACAAACUUGAACUAGAAAAGGAACUCUUUGAUUAUAAAGGACUUGUCCAGGGAACAUCUUUUUAAAUGCAAAGAUGACUGAAUCAUUUGUUUAAAUAAUUUUUUUAAACAAAUAACUAAAGAUCAAUGAUUAUUGGCAUGCUAAUGACUGCUGCAAUUAUAACA